UCCUUAAACCGUAACCUUACACCACACAUUCUGCUGUCACUCUCUCUCACACCUCAAUCUCGGGACGCCAUUUGUGGAAGCUUAUUACUCGUUCCUUCACUCACCUUGCCCGUAGUAAAAAUAAAACCAAGCGUUGAACCCUCUCUCUCCCCUAAAUUCAAGCCAAACGACAACAGAUUGACGCAAAAAAAGAAAAAAAAAAAAAAAUCACAGCCACGACGAUCGUGUCAGAUGCAGAGAGUGACAGCACAAACCCAAAAUUUAAACCUCCUUUCAAAGCUCAAUCCUUUUGAUGGUGUCGCCUGACCACCCACGCCUUCACACCACCUCUCCCAUGGCUAAACCCUCCGUCCCACGCAACAAAUCCUCUUUCUGUCUCAGCGAUAGUCUCCUCUUUAUCGGCGGAGCAUUCUUCGCUCUUUUGCUGGUUUGGAGCCUCUGGUCCUUCCUCACUCCUACCACCGACCCUUCUCCUAACCUUGGGCCCUUAGGCGACUCUCAAUCCAAGUCCGCGAGUGGCGCAGACUGGCUGAAUUGCGGGGAGGACUCGGUCGAGACGACCUUCUACGACGAACCGGAGCUGAGUUAUUCGAUUGGGAAACCGUUGGAGAACUGGGACGAGAAGCGAAAAGAGUGGCUUAAGCAGCACCCGUCGUUUGCCGCCGGAGCACGGGACCGCGUUCUCUUGGUGAGUGGAUCGCAGCCGUCGCCGUGCAAGAACCCUAUCGGAGAUCAUCUGCUGCUGAGGUUCUUCAAGAACAAGGUGGACUACUGCCGGAUCCACGGGUGCGAUGUCUUCUACAACAAUGCGUUGCUGCACCCGAAGAUGGGCUCGUAUUGGGCCAAGCUGCCGGUGGUUCGGGCCGCCAUGGUGGCCCAUCCGGAGGCGGAGUGGAUCUGGUGGGUGGACUCGGACGCAUUGUUCACGGACAUGGAGUUCAAGCUGCCAUUGGAACGGUACAAGGAUCACAACCUCGUCGUGCACGGCUGGGCCCACUUGAUUUACGACGACAAGAGCUGGACGGGGCUGAACGCCGGUGUGUUCCUGAUCAGGAACUGUCAGUGGUCGAUGGACCUCAUGGAGGUGUGGGCGAGCAUGGGUCCGCAGACAUCGGAAUACAAGAAGUGGGGCCAAAUACUGAGAUCGACGUUCAAGGACAAGCUGUUUCCAGAGUCGGACGAUCAGACGGGCCUGAUUUACCUGCUGUACAAAGAGAAAGAGAAAUGGGGGGAGAAGGUAUAUUUGGAGGGAGAAUACUAUUUCGAGGGAUACUGGCACGAGAUAAUAGGGACGAUGGAUAACAUAACGGGGAGGUACAGGGAGAUGGAGAGAGAGGAGGAUACAUUGAGGAGGAGACACGCAGAGGUAGAGAGCGAGCAAUACGGUGCGUAUAGGGCGCGGUGUUAUCUGAAAGAAGCGGGGAACGGGAGAGGGAGCUGGAGAAGGCCGUUCAUAACGCACUUCACGGGAUGUCAGCCAUGCAGCGGGGACCACAAUCAGAUGUACGCUGGCGGGUCAUGCUGGGAUGGGAUGCGCAGGGCUUUGAAUUUCGCCGACAAUCAGGUGCUUCGUAAAUUUGGUUUCAUGCACCGGGAUAGACUGGAUUCCUCCCUCUCGCCGUUGCCCUUUGAUUAUCCAGCGGCUGAUUGAAAUCAAACCGACCAAGUUUUUAUUAGAAUGUGUUGGGGAUGGGAUUAGGAGACUUGAUGAUGAACGUAGAUUAAUUAUCCAAUGGAGAUAUUUACUUUCUGCUACAAAAUAGGAAGAUAUAUUAUAUAUAUAUAUAUAUAUAUAUAUAUAUGUUGCUAGAUAGCUCUUUCAUA